UUAUGAAUCCAAAAUAAUCGCAACCUCCGUUUUUAGUCUGCGUGUCCCCCUUAUUUCUCUCUCCCGCUCUCCGUCCUUUUCUCUCUCCUCUUUCUCUCUCUAUCCAUGGCAAUGAAACCAGAUCCAUCAACCUCCAAUCCCAAUCCCGACAUUAAUGGCAACCCCACCAAACCCCUCUCCGCCAUUCCCAUUUCCAACGGGAUUGGGAUUGGCAAUGGGAAUGCGAAUUCCACGCUCUUCGGAAACCCAACCCCAAACCCCUUCAGAGGGCCUCACCACCGCCGAGCCCACUCAGAAGUCAGCUUCCGUAUCCACGACGACAUGGAUCUAUCCUCGGAUCCCUUCACUGGAUCCUCUACCGAAGAGAUCGGAUCCGAGGACGACCUCUUCACCACCUACAUUGACGUCGACAAGCUCGGCGCCGCUUCUGGAUCUGCCUCCCACCCAUCCGACGACUUCGCCACCGCCUCCGCUGAUGGAGCCAAUGUUGGUCUUGGACUAGCGGUUGACGGUGGCGAUGGCGGUAGGCCUAGACAUCGUUACAGCAAUUCUGUGGAUGCCACUUCAUCUGCUAGCUUUGGUGAGAUCAUGGAUGCCAAGAAAGCUAUGCCUCCUGAUAAACUUGCUGAGCUUUGGACCAUUGACCCCAAGCGCGCUAAAAGGAUUUUAGCGAACCGGCAGUCUGCUGCACGUUCAAAAGAGAGAAAAGCUCGAUAUAUAUUGGAGUUGGAGCGAAAAGUACAGACUCUACAAACUGAAGCAACCACUCUUUCUGCACAGCUAACAUUGUAUCAGAGGGACACAACUGGUUUGUCAUCUGAAAACACUGAACUCAAGCUUCGGUUACAAGCCAUGGAACAACAAGCUCAGUUGCGAGAUGGUGAGUCUCAUGCACUGUUUAACUACAACCACGGAUGGGAUCACAAUCUAGCACUCAACGAAGCAUUAAAGCAAGAAGUGGAGAGGCUGAGAAUGGCCACAGGGGAAAUGAUGGGUCCUUCAGAGUCAUUUAACUUAGGGAUGCCUAGCAUGCAAUACAAUCAUUCUGCCUUUUACUCGCUACCUCCUCAACAUGUAUCUCAAGGUCAACAUAAUAUGCAGAUGCCACAAUUUCAUCAGUCUCAGGGCAAUAUGCACCAUAUGCAUUCAUCCAACCCCCAAAAUCCAUCAGAGUUUAUGCCAAAUGAUCCCCUUGGAAGAUUACAGGGGCUUGAUAUUAGCAGCAGAGGAGCACCUACUGUGAAAUCUGAAGGUGCUUCAAUGUCUGCCAGUGAAAGUAGCUCAACAUUUUGACACGCGCUCAAGUUGCUGACUAGCUGACUUCUUCAGAAAGUGUGUGUUCGGUAGAUUGUCUAUAGACUGACAUCAUUCAAAUUAGAUAAGGUUACUGUUGAUUUGUUCCAUUAUUUAUUCCAUUUGUAAUUGUAUCCUUUUCUCUGGGAUCACAUCUAUUUAUUUUGGUCUCAAAGAUGAAAGAUGAUCCCCAAAGAGGGGAUCGUUGUAGGUUACUGAGUUGUUUCAUCUUCAUCUCCAUUUUCUUUUUUGUUCUGCUGUGAAAUGUUGUAUCAUGCUCGAGUGAAAGGUCAUUCGUCAUGCAAGGAAAGGCUUCUGUAUUUUAUUUUAUUUUUAUCCUCUUGUAACUUUUUUGUGUACUCAAAACCUGUAUUAUUCUUCUUAAUCCAUUUUUUACUGUAGUUUUUCUUUACA